GAAUGUAAGCUGACCGACCAAUGAUCGUAUUCAGACGGUCGGUCGUGCCGACGCCCUCCGAAAGCGGGAACGCAUGUAGCCAACCCCGCCCUACUCUUAGGUUGGGGGACCAGUGCGCCAAUUUUGGGAAGUGCCCGCCUACCCACGUGGUGGCCUCCACCCUCACUGCCUCCCAACGUCAAUCGUAUUCUAGUGUUUUGUGUUUUUGUUUUGUUUGCGCUAUUAUUAUUGGGGCCCAAUACAUAUAUUCCUCACCAAAUGUUUCUUUGACUGACUACUAACAGAACGGAAACUAAACGUAAUUUACAAAAAUAAUUUGAUUAUUUAUUUAUUUAUUAGUAUUUCGAAAUUUAAGAAAAAAAAUAAGUUGUGAACAAAGGCCGAAAAUUUUGAAUAAUAAAUUGAAGUGUGAUUUUCUAUUAAACUAAAUUGGAUUAGUUGGAUUCAAUCUAUUGUUUUUUUUAUCCCUCUUUAUCAACCCUAUGUAAAUUGACUAACAAAUCGAUUAGUCGUGGCCCCACCCUUGAGUACUUGUCUUAUAGGAAUACAUAUGCUAUGUUAAAUUCGAAGCAUAGUGUAAAGCCCCCUCGAUUUAAAUGCCUUGGCACUUUUGGUCUAUGAAGUCGGGUGUGCUUAUAUCGUGGAUCUCGUCACGUGGACACAACCUCCAAUCAUGUUAGCACAAACACGAAACCUCGGGACAAAGAUGGAUUGUCAUAUCGGACGUGCUAUCAUGAAUUCGUGACGAUGGUCGCCCCUCCUCCUAUGCUGUCUAGAGCCACAUGAACCAAAAUCGUCUUAACAAGGAUCGCUCCGAAAAGCUCGGGAUGGUAUCACGCGAUGUCAUUCUGCACAUAUCAGGCAACGGUCGUUUGAAGGUAUGAACUCAUCACCCGAUGAGUCAGUUGCCGCAUGCAGAUCGUGUACGAUCGACCAUUGGACAUCAGAAUAAAAGCCCUCAACCAGCAUCUGACAAGAGGGCGGAAAACUUUCUACAAAAGUUUGAUUGACUUGAUCUUUGAAGGAGCUUAAGUGGGAAAACCCUUUCCCUCCCAACUUAGACCGGUGUACAGGAACCCGAUGAUAAUGAAGCAGAACAUACUCACUAAAGAGGUGCAUCUAGAUCAACCCUAAGCUUAAUCAAUUCCCGAUGAAGGCUUAAUCACGAGGAAAAUCCUAAACAUCGACAAUCGAAUAAAGCUGUGUUGACAUCUUAACCACGGCGUAGAGAUUCACUACCAAUAAUGAUGAGAAAUAAUCAUGAAAGUUGAGGGAAACCCUAAGAAUCAAUGCACAGAGAGAACAAUCCAUCACACUCUUCCCUUAAAUGUGUCACAACCUCACUCGGAGCCUCAAUUAAUGUGCAAUUAGUGGACCAAAGAGAUGGGUGGUAUUUGCGGCACGAAGAUUAAAGAAACCGACGCAGCGGCUCACCUGAUGACGCCACGUCUUCGUCGCAACGGUAACCCCCAUCUCUCUCUCUCGCUCGCUCUCUCCCUCUUUAUUCCCACCAAACUCGCUCGCCUUCCGAACUCUCUCCCUCAAACUUCGCAUCCUUUCCUUGACAAACCCCAACCCUCGCUGUGUAAUUUGCAUUAGCAGUACUGCUCGUCUGUGCAAGGCGGAACAACGAGUGGCAUGCCACGGUCUUGACCGAUCCAAAGGCUCCGGCAACCAUCUCCGUAGAUCCUCUUCUCUCGGAUCCAUGGCGAGGCAACCGAGGGAGGAAACGGACUCCAAAGCACAGCUGGUGAGGGAGAUCUGCUCCACCGGAUCCAUGUUCGCCGCCUGCACGCACCGCCGAAGGCCACCCGCAUUCGUCGACUGGUAUCUCGUUCUCGGAGUCGAUGAGGAGGAGAAGGUGGACGCCAUCCGCAAGCGCUACCGUCAACUUGCACUGCAGCUUCAUCCCGACAAAAAUAAGCAUCCCAAGGCCGACGUUGCAUUCAAGCUUGUGUCGGAGGCAUAUGAAUGUCUUUCUGACAAAGCCAAAAGGAAUGCCUUCAAUUCCCAGAGGUGGAGCAACUUGUGCAAGGAAUGCUACAGGAGAUCUCGGAGCAAGGAGCAUGUUCACAGGCAGAGAUGCUGGCAGUCCACAGGACAAGCAAGUUCAUAUAAAGUGAUGAACAACUUGAGACAGAUGCAGAAGAGAUUUAGAGAGGAAUGUGAAGUGAUGGAGAGUUGCAUGAGAGCCAACCAAUCAUACUGGAAAGAGUCCCCAGUCUUCAGUCCAUAUGAACAACUGCUGUCAUCCCCGGGUUAUCCUCACUCCAGAGAAGCCACCCUGGAGAAGCCAAUGAGCAGCAGCCAUUGGCAAGCUCGAGACCAGUGUGGCAGAGGUGCAGGCUGUGAGUCCCCCAUAUAUGAGAUCAGGAAACACAACUAUCCAAGGAGUAGGAGCUUCUGCUUUAGGUUCUGA